AUGGAAGUGAUCAGGCGCAGGAAAAAAAGCUCGCCAAGAGAACUUUUUAAUUUUAAGCCACAAGUGAGAAUUUCUGAGCCUGUCUCAGGAUUCGAACCUUUGGAUCUGAUCAGUGAAGGGGAAGAAUCCUCUAGACGGAGGACGCCGGUCCUCUCGCUUGUCAAAGUGGCCGCCGCUGGGUUGUUUGAACAACUAAUGAACGGCUCUCCCGAGACGGUGUGUUUGCCCCGACGCGACGCCCCGAGCUCGCCUCGCCUAGCUUUUUCGUACGCCUGGCUUUGCGGAGUCCCCAAAAACCCCCCUUCUGUCGUGUGUUUACUCCCUCAGUGUCGUAUCGGACUUUCAAGUGCAAAUGGGGAAAAUUUUAAA